CCCUGCUUCUGAGGGGACAUGGAGCGGGAGGGUCCGUUCGUUCAGUCCAUGUACUAUGGCAGGAUUGGGAGCAAGGACACAGAGAGGCUGCUGGAGAUGUAUGGACAAGAUGGCAGCUUCCUGRUGAGGGACAGCACGACGGUGCCGGGGGCCUACUGCCUGUGUGUCAGAAAAGCACCCCACGUGCUCACCUACAGGCUUGAAAGCUGCAGUGAGGGCUGGUACAUUCAGGAUUCAAGAGACAGGCUGCAGAAAUUCACAACUGUGGAGUUACUGAUCAGGUACUACAGAUGCAUAACGCCCUCUUCUGUCGGUAUCGCCCCCCUCACCGAUCCACUGGACAGAACACAAGUACCACACAACUUUCUACAAGGAAUCGUCUACUUGGAGAUGAAGUGACAGCCGCUCAGCAAUGUGAAACCAUCUUUAAACCUGCAGACCCUGAAGCUCUUCAAGGACCUAUUUAUUUGUUCAUUACAAUUUGUCUUUUUUAGCAAAAGCUUUCAAAAUUAUUGUUUUUUUUGUUUUAACUUCUCUGUGUGUGUUUUUUUUAUCAUCUUUUUGCUGUAUAAGUGCUGUGUGACUAUGAGCUGUAAUUUCCCAUGUGUUUUUAUGGUUUCCUUCAGUUGUGUGUCUUUAUUCUAAACUCUAUGAGGGUCAGGUUGUGAGUCAAAAUAAGUGUCUGUUUUCACCAUAUAGAUGCAUUCCCUUGUUUUGUGACGCAGGACAUGAGUUUUACCACUUUGUCUGCAGAGAUGUGUGUGUGUGUGUGUGUUUGUGAGUGUGUGUG